AUGGCAUCUUCACAGAAUUCCUCCAGUACCAAGCCGCUCCUCCCUUCGUCUGCCCCGAUACCGCUGCACUCCCAAAAGCAACGGAUCGACUACUGGGCCUGGGAAUAUGUAGCCCUCCUCGUCUCUUUCCUCGCUGUCGCUACCAGCGCAGUGGUUCUACUCAUGUUUGACCAGAAACCCAUUCCCGCUUGGAGUUGGCAGAGUAAUGGCAUAAGUGUGAAUUCGAUCAUUUCUCUUUUAUCCACCCUGUCGAGGGCAUCACUGCUCAUGCCGAUUGAUGAGUGCAUGGGUCAGCUCAUGUGGUUGAGGUAUGAGUAUCGCGCACAGAGGCUGGCGGAUGUUGGUUUGUAUAAUGAGGCAUCGAGAGGUGCAUGGGGGGCGUUGAGAUUGUUGUGGAGACAGAGAGGGAGAACUCUAGGAUGUCUAGGAUCCUUCCUACUCAUCGGCUCUCUUGGAAUCGGAACUGCACAGCAGCAGCUCCUCUCUUACCCUAGACGCAGAUUCGUCGAUCUUACAAUCAUGUCUAAUCUCAACCGCGCCCUCGAGUUCAAUACAUACCAAGGGUCUACUGAAGACCCCGCAAUGUCCUUCUCGCUCCUGUCCUCAGUCUACAGCGCCUCCCUCCUUUCUACAUCUAACAGCACCUCGACCGCCGCCGAAGUGCUCCCUCUCUUCAACUGUCCCAGCGGGGGCUGCGUCUUCAACACCUUCACCACUCUCGGAAUAUGCAGCGAAUGUAACGACGCAACCUCCCAGAUCAUCCAACUCUGCGACAGCGACAAUAGCUACUGCACCGCAUCAUUCCAAGGCCUACAAGCAUUCUCCUGGGGCGCGAGCGCCUCCUCGACAGACCUCAAUACCGUACUAAACCAGUCCUCCAUCUCCAAUUCCUCUGUUUCUUUCAAUGUAAAAUCCCCCUUCGCACGAACCGCACACCUCCAAGCCGAAUACGACAACGGCAGGUCUCUACCACCCCGCUACACAGCAACCGAGUGCGCAAUCUACUACUGCGUCAAAGAGAUCCAAGCAAACGUCACCAACGGCACCUACACCGAAACCAUCCUCACCACCCUCGAAAACACCAACCACAACACCCCCGACGCCUCCGGCGAUAUCACAAUAACCGGCGCAGCCGCCAAUGAAACCUUCCGCAUCACCGUCCCCGCCCACGCCUCCAUGACCGGCGCCCACGGCCUCGCCGCCGCCCUCACCGGCUCAGCGCGCACCAGCGCCAACGGCACCGUGCAACUCUUCACCUCCGAUAUCCUCCUCGGCUUCGCCCAAGACCCCGACAUUGCGCGCACCAUGGGUCGGGUCAGCACGGCGCUCACAAACCGCCUUCGCAACCUGGACCACAGCGCGCAGAAGGCGUCAGGCGAGUCUUAUACCGUUCAGUCGUUCAUCCGGGUGCGGUGGAUGUGGCUGUUGUACCCGGUGACGCUGUGGACUGCGUCGCUUGUGUUUCUCAUCUGUGUUGUUGUGGAGACGCGGGGGAGGGGGAUGAGGGCGUGGGGAGCGAGUCAGUUGGCGCUGGUGUGGUAUGGGUUGGAUGCGGAGACGAGGGGGCGGGUGGUGGAUGGCGGGUGGGAGGAGAUGAAGGAGGUUGCUGAGAGGGUGUGGGUGAAGUUAGAGGUGGGCGAGGAUGGGGAGGGGGCGAGGUUGAGGGCGAAGAGGGUCGAGGGGUGA